CACCUGUCUUCCGGUUGGGAAAACAUCACUGCGCCAGAAAGUUAGUAGAUGGAUAACUUCAUCCUGUAUGAGGAGCUAGGAAGCGGCUCUACAUCUGUUGUCUACAAAGGACGGAGAAAGGGACAUCUGAACUAUGUAGCCCUUAAAUGCAGUGACAAAGCCAAGAGACCUGAAAUCACAAACCAUGUUCGUCUUAGCCAAUUGGUGGAUCAUCCCAACAUUGUACACUUUUAUGAAUGGUACGAGACCAAAAAGCACUUGUGGUUAGUGACUGAGAUCUGCACAGGUGGUUCCUUGGAGUCUGUGAUAAAGCGGGAUGGAUGUCUUCCAGAGGAUGUGGUCAGGAAGUUUGGAUGGGACCUGGUCAAAGGACUGAACCACAUCUACAAGUUAGGAAUCAUUUUUUCUGACUUGACACCUACUAAGAUCCUGGUAGACAGUAGUGGCAUGUUAAAAUUAGGAAACUUCUGUCAUUCUAAGACUGAGAAAGAAACUCUUAAAGAUUUCUUCUCAUUGUGUUGUGAAGAUGCAAAGGAUGAAAAAUAUGAUGAAAUGAUGAAAAAAAGGAUUGAAGGUUCAACAACUUACAAGGCCCCAGAGGUUCAACAAGGGGCAGAAACUACUGUGAAAUCUGAUCUGUGGGCUCUUGGUUGUAUCCUCUACUACAUGUACACUGGUAGGCCAUUCUCCUUUGAUAACGACAGUGAACACUCUGAAAUAAAUUUAGAUCAGCAACCAUCAUCUUCUGUGCAGACAGUGUCUCCAACCACUUCUCCCACCCAGGACUUUCAAAAUCUUCUGAGAGGUUUACUCACCAGAAACCCAGAUGAGAGAAUGAACUUGUCAGAUGUACUCAAUCACAAUUUCUGGACUCAAGGACUGAAUGAGGAAGAGGACUUAGAGGAACUAGAAGAAAUGGGAGCCGAAGAAGGGCACUGUGCAAAGACAAUAAAAGGCAGACAGAUGGACAGUGUUGUUUCAAAUAGUUGGGAGUGUGUUUUAUGACAUCAUUUUUGACUUUACGCUUUUUAAUAGUGGAUAAAGUCUAAUACUAAACACUAGGGGUGGCCCGAUACUACUUUUUUUAAACUUCUGAUACGAUAGUGUUAUUGGAGCCUUGAGUGUUAGCCGAUACUGAUAUUAACCAAACACAAUGUCACCACGAAUCAUACAUACAUUCAUUAUUUUGUAAUGUUGAAUGUUAUGAAAGGCUUCAUCAAGUGAAAUUUCUUAGACAACAAUGGUAGGUAUGAAUAACACUAACCCAGUGGUUCUUAACCUGGGUUCGAUCGAACCAUAGGUGUUCGGUGAGUCGGCCUCAGGGGUUCGGCGGAGCCUCCGCCGCGGAGGUCAAGACACACCCAACUUAUCGUGUAAAUAAAAACUUCUCCCUAUCGGCGGAUUAUGGAUACCCCAAAACAAUGUUCCCUCUAAUGUUCCCUCUGAUUUGCAGGUGUGUAAUUAGUUGUGAGUUCAUGCACUCUGUUGGUUUUGUUGUUUGAACAAGAUGAUGUUCAUGCACGGUUCAUUUUGUGCACCAGUAAAAAAACAUAUAACUUUGUCUUGAAUUUGAAACAUUUUUUUAAAUUUUUCACGAAAGAAGGGUUUGAAUGCGCAUAUGAAACUGGUGGGGUUCGAUACCUCCAACAAAGUUAAGAACCUCUGCACUAACCAUAUGCCAAGCUAAGUGUUUUUGGUGCCACCUAGUGGUCACAAUAAUUCAUUAGGUUAAGCUCAUUGCAUGUGAAGUGAAUGGUACAAA